AUGGCGGACAGCUUGGAGAGUGUGUUAAGCGAUGUGGCUAAAAUUUUCAAAAUACCUUCAUUUAAUGAGCAUCAAAAGACCGCCUUACWGACUGUUGUCAAAGAMAAAUGUGACUUAUUCGUAAAUUUGCCAACGGGCUUUGGAAAAUCAUUAAUAUUCCAAGCRAUACCGUUUAUUUUCGAUAGCCUGGAAAAUAACAAAGGGCACAYCGUUGUUGUUGUUUCACCCCUCAUAAAUCUUAUUCAMGACCAAGUAGAACGUCUAAAACAACUCGGCAUUUCUGCAGUCAAUCUAAGUGAYAUCGAAGACGAGAAAGAGAGGAGGCGAGUGGAAAGUGGCUGUUUUCAAGUUGUUUAUGGUACACCAGAGGCAUGGCUCCAAAACGAACGUUGGAGAGAUAUGCUAAAAAACUCAACUUUCACUUCAAAGCUUCGUGCCGUGGCAGUUGACGAAGCCCACGUAAUCAAACAGUGGUUUGUCGUUUCUUUCAGGGGUAUAUCAACAAGUAACAAACUUGCACCGUUUAGAGAAUGUUAUUCUCGACUGCACGAGUUUAGAGCCUUAACAACGUCUGUACCAAUAAUCGCACUGACUGCCACAGCAACUACAACAACUAAAAAUGUAAUAUUCAACGUUCUGAUGAUGAGACAUCCAAAGAUCAUUUUUGAGAGUCCAAACAAGGGAAAUGUARCAUACUCAGUAGAAUAUAUGAACAAAGACUAUGAACUAGAGUACUACUUCGAAUGGCUUGCUGAUGAAUKAAAAGAAAAUAAAGAGAACUGCAAGAGAACAAUCAUUWACUGCCAAACAAUUAAACAAUGUAGUGUACUUUAUGGAACAAUGAAAGGUAUGGUUGGUGAAGAYUUGUGCUUGGUACAUGGGGACACAAAAACAGCAAUGAUUGAAAUGCUUCAUUCAUGCACCCCAAAGGCCAAUAAAGAACGCAUCCUGUCAUCUUUCUCAGAGGAUAGUGGCUCUGUAAGAAUCCUUAUAGCCACUAUUGCUUUUGGUAUGGGGGUAGAUUGCAAAAGAGUAAYACAAGUCAUUCACUUUGGACCCUCAAAGAAUAUUGAGUCUUACACUCAAGAAACAGGACGRGCUGGGAGAGAUGGCUCACAAUCCUUUGCAUACUUACUUUACAAUGGAGUCAUGUUGGGACAAAUUGAAGCUGACAUCAAGUCAUAUGUUUUGAAUGAGCAGUGUCGCCGUAAAGCAAUUUUAGAUAAUUUUGAUGACAGAUCUUCAUUUAAUGAAACCAAAGAACGUCAUUUUUGUUGUGACAUUUGUGCUAAAAAGUGCUCAUGUGGUUUAACAGAGUGUUGGAAGUUGACAUCAUUUCCAGCAAAGAGUGUUGACAAUAAGCAAAUCAAUUUGCGAGAAAGAGAAGUCACUAAGUUACAGAGAGAAAAUGUCCAAAAUGAACUGACUAUAUACUACAAGACAUUAUUAAGAAAACUACUUAAUUCAACAGCAAAUGCAGAUGUAAAAACACUCACUUCAAUACCCUUUCUCAUUGGUUUCUCAGAUAAACAGAUUGAACAAGUGAUGRAUAACUUGAUACAUUUAUUCACAUUAGAGGAUGUAUGUCAAUGUGUUGAGAUUUGGGAUAUACAGCAUGCACACAAGAUCCUUGGUAUUAUCAAAGAAGUCUUUGAGGACACUGAUGUUGACAUUCAUGCAUGCAAUGAAGACUUUGAAUUAGAUGACUUGUUUGCUGAAGAUUGGGAACAGUUGAUUGAAGAUGAAGACCUGUKUGAAAUGGCAGCAGAUAAUUUGUCCCUAUCUUUAUGGCAGGAUUCUUUGCAAUCUGCAACAGAAAGCAACACCUCAGAUGUUGGUAUAUCCCAAGCAGUAUUGGAAACACUUGAAAGAGGUCUAGUCUCUAAUAAAAAAUGACAUUGGUAACUGAAUAGUUAUAUCUUAWUUUUUUUUAUUAGAGAUGCAAACUCUCUUCAAUGUUUCUUCUUGGAAUAGACCAACAUCUAAGUUGUUGCCUCUGUAUCASAUGGUAUAU